AUGGAUGGGCAAGGACGAGGUUUGGGAGCUGGCUCCCCAGAGGCGUUCCAUGAGUUGAGUCUGUCCAACGAAACCCCCAAGCAACGAAGAACUACCAAGUUCAUUCUGAGUAAAUAUACCAUCUACGAGACCAAGGAAAGGAUGUACAUCGUUGGUAGUAACAAGCGGGAGACAAUGUUUAGGAUAUUGGAGAUAGACCUCAGUGUGCCUCAGGAUAGGCUGAGUGUGCUGGAGGAUAACGUCUUCUUCACAAGAAGUGAGAUCAUGAAUGUGCUUUCGGGGCUGGAAGACGCUAGUGAGGAGGGAUUGCACAAGAAAUUGACCGGAUACGGCCUUGUUGGUUUUAUAAGAUUCACGACGUGCUAUUAUUUAAUUGUGGUGAAGAAAUGCAGCCAAGUGGCAGUACUGGCGGGCCGAUCUAUAUUCCACAUCGACGGUACGGAGCUGGUUCCCAUAUCGAAUAACUAUAAGAAACCCGAUAAAUAUUCCGCGGAGGCCCGGCUGAUGUCAACAUUUCAAAGUUUAGAUUUGACCAAAACCUUCUACUUCAGUAAUACCUAUGAUAUCACAAACACGCUGCAGACGAAUUUGGUAAGGGAAAAGCUGAAAGCCGUCGGCAGAAGCGACAUUUCAGUGCCUAGCGGCAUACCAGAUUAUAAUGAGAUGUUCAUGUGGAAUAGCAAUUUGCUGAAACCUGUACUGCCCUGCAUAGAUACAGUUUAUGAUUGGUUUAGGCCAAUAGUACAUGGCUUCAUUGAUCAAGUCAACGUGUUAGUGCUCGGCAAAAGCAUAUACAUAACGCUGAUCGCUCGUAGAUCACAUCAGUUUGCUGGUGCAAGAUUUCUGAAAAGAGGUGUCAAUAAACAAGGCUAUGUUGCAAAUGAAGUCGAAACAGAACAGAUAGUUGCAGACAUGUUGCUAACAGGGUUUCACAACCCUGGUAAUGGUUAUUUCGACAGUGACAGAUAUACAUCUUUUGUUCAGCAUCGCGGAUCCAUACCGCUUUACUGGACUCAGGAAGCAUCAAAUCUGACAGCAAAGCCGCCAAUUCAAAUAACAGCGGUCGAUCCCUUCUUUUCAUCUGCUGCUUUGCAUUUCGAUAUGCUUUUCCAGAGGUAUGGUAAAGUAGAGGUACUGAAUCUUAUCAAAACGAAGGAAAAAAUACCAAGAGAAACAAAGUUGUUGAAAGAAUUUGAGCAGUGCAUAAACUAUCUCAACCAGUUCCUUGCUGAUGACAAGAGAAUCCAGUACACCUCAUGGGAUAUGAGCCGAGCAUCGAAGCAGGAUGGCCAGGGAGUGAUAGAGUUUCUGGAAAGAUACGCUGCUAAGACAGUAGCAAGCACAGGUAUCUUUCAGAAUGGAUCAAAUUUCAAGUCUACAAAAAUGCAACAAGGAAUAUGCAGAAGCAAUUGUAUCGAUUGUCUUGACAGAACGAAUGCGGCUCAGUUUGUGGUGGGUAAGAGGGCGCUAGGCGUACAAUUGAAAAGUCUAGGUAUUGUUGAUAACUGUUACCUGGAGUAUGACUCAGACAUAAUAAACAUCUUAACUGAACUUUUUCAUGAUCUGGGGGAUACCAUUGCCUUACAAUAUGGCGGCUCACAUCUUGUAAACACAAUGGAAACUUACCGGAAAAUUAAUCAAUGGAGUUCCCAUUCUAGAGAUAUGAUUGAAAGUAUCAAAAGAUUCUACAGCAAUUCUUUUGUCGACGCCCAGAGACAGGAUGCCAUCAACCUGUUCCUUGGUCAUUAUGUCUGGAAGAAGGACUAUCCAGCGCUAUGGGAAAUGAACACAGAUAUUUAUUUACACAACGAGUAUGCUGUAUCCGGGCCAAAAAGGAGUUACACCCAUUGGUGGAAUAACUACCAUAUCAUCAGUAUAUCUGAGCUUGUGCAGAAAGAAAUAAUUGACAAGAAAAAAGAUCUAACUUUACAGGAGGUCGUGCGCAAUAUAAGAGGGUAUCCGGGCGCUUUUGACAAUUACUGGAACGAAUACUAUUUACCGCGAUCUCUUACUUGGAUUCGAGACCUAUUUGCUUUCAACAUGAACUCGACAAGGAGGUAUCAUUCGAUGCGCGUUGAGAAGGACGGAAUAUCACCCUUCGCUUCUCGUAAGCAGAGCUGGAUCAAUAAUAAGCUCAGAUCUGUCACGCUUGAUAGUGAUCAUCCAAGCUCAAAUGAGCCAAAAGAAUCCAUACAAGAAAUCAAACUGCGUAAUAGCGACGAAUUAGGAAUGACAAGCAACCAGUUGAACAUGGUGCUUGCUGAUGCGGCAAAAGCCCAGGAAAAUCUCAACGACUUACACCGCAAUGAGAGAUUUCCAGUUUUUCUGGAGAGCACGAAAUGGGCAAACCCAGAAACUGUCGAGUAUGAACUCGUCAGCACAAAACCAGACACAGAGCCGAGCUUGAAGAUAAAUGAAGCCGUCGAUUAUAGCGGUUAUUACGCAAAUAUCGCUGUCGAUGUCGAAUACUAUGACAGCAUUCUGAAAAUUGACAGCUACGAACCGUCGGAAGCCUAUCAAGUCCUUGAUGACCGUGGUGAAUGCAAAGCAAGUUCGGACGCCAUAGAGACGUACCGCUUGUAUACACAGGGUUCUAAUAAAGAUUUAGUCUUCGUUUAG